AUGUCAACAGAUAGCUGCCGCGAUGCAUCAUGGGAGAUUAUCCAAUCCUUUGAGAAAUUGGAUGCACUCAUGGAGUUAGGACAGGCCACCUCGGUCUUUUCCAUUCAUCAGAGCUACACAUGGAGUCGCCUCUGCAUUAGUGAGGAGCAUUUUCGUCGCCUUUUUACGCGGCUUGGAGUGCAUCCGGGCUUUCUGGAUGUCGUUUUCCUGUUCCGCGAAAAGCUGGGACCUGUCGAAGAAGGUUUCAGCUCUGCUUUUGUAGAUAUCAUCCCUCCAGCGGUCCACGACAUUCAAGCGAGGACAACGCAAGGCCGCAGCUACCACAUUGGCUAUAACAUCAAGUACGUCGCGAGACACGGUCGAGCCCUUCCUAACGAUCCAUUCUCUAUUCGAGAAGUUGGUGUAUACCAAUACUUUUCGUCAGACACUCAGCAAAGCAAUUGGGUCCUUAUACAGGCCUCGGAUCGAAUCAAAGAUCGGCUGCGGUGCGCUUUUCAAUCUUGUGACGAUAGCCUGCCAAAGAUGCAAUUUCUAUUUCAUUCGAUCAUUCUCCUAGAUGGUUCUGAGGACUGGCGCGAGUAUAUGAUCUUUUUGGAAGAUGCGUUCACCAAACUGGUCGACAAGGGCUUCUUUACUAAUUUGAAGGGCGCGCUGCAGAAAGGGGAUCUAAUCGCGGACUUUUCUGACCUUAGGAAGCUUCAGAUCCUGACUGACAAGCUGCGGCGCCUAGUUCACGUAUUGAAAUUGAAUAUUCGCCUUGGCAAUCUGCUCAAAAAGGACAUGGCAAGAAUUGAAGCGUCUUCUUCCUCAGAUUUGGGCACGAAUUUUGAUGCAAUCCAACGUAACCUGGACAAAUAUGUGCUCGACCAAGAGACGCAUUUCGAUAGGCUGGAAACGCUGAUUGCUCGAUCUAGUGGCAUCAUUCAACUCGUACAAAGUAUACAGGACACUCGAUCAGCGGAAGCAAGCCAACAAAUCAAUCAUGAAAUGCAGACCUUGACAGAGCAGGGUGUGAAUGAGAACAAACUGAUGAAGAGACUCACCGAGCAAUCCACUAGAGACACGAGAUCCAUGAUGACAAUCGCUUUAAUAUCUGCCGUCUUUCUACCCGCCACAUUUCUUGCAACAUUGUUCGGAUCGAACUUCUUCGUCUACUCGCAACCGGAGAACAGUCUUACCGUAGCCUCCAAUUUCUGGGUCUACAUUAUCUUCACCGCCGCUUUUUCAGGGGCGACUGUUCUUCUCUGGUAUACCUGGAGGCAACGCAGGCUACAGCAAGAUAAAGAGAACGACGUGGAAGCACUGUAA